AUGAUGGAUCCUAAUGACCCUAGCCUGAAGUACUGGUUUAUUCAGUCAAAAAAGCAUGGUGUUGAAGUUUGUUCAGAUUGGGUUAGGUAUUUGCUUGAUGCUGAGUUGCUUCUCCAAAGGGUUUACCCCUAUCUUCAGAAUCUUCGCCUAGGAGAAGUAAUGUCCAUUUCUGAUUUUAAGGCUCAAUUCGCCAUUGAGUGUAAAGUGAAUUUGUUCAAGCACCGUGGUAUAGACGAUUAUUUGUUUGUGAGAGAAACUAAAAUUCCCUUGACAAUAGGUGGAGAGGUUUUCAGAGGUUAUGGCCUUGUGGGUUUUGAAUUUUGA